AGUGGAUUUAGAGGAAAGUUCACGGGCGCUGUAUGUGACCUGUCAAUCAAUCAGUCAGACGGCAGUGUUGUUGAUCAUAUCGACAUAAGAUGUUUGCACUCAAAACACUCAGGAGUUUUUCUCCUGUCACGAAAAAUGUGUAUUUGCGGGGUAAACAAGCGUUUACAGUGUCCAUGACGAGAAUGCAGCAUGCUGACCCCCAGCAUGGGGAAACAGCAGCACCUUUUCGACCCGAAACAUCCAUGGCCAAGACUCUGAUGGACAUUGGCACCAGACGGAUCUUCUCGGAGGAACACGACCUGUUCCGUCAGAAUGUGCGGCGGUUCUUUCAGGAGGAAGUCAUUCCGUAUCAUGCCGAAUGGGAAAAGAAGGGUGAGGUUAGCAGAGAGCUUUGGGAAAAGGCUGGAGAACAGGGAUUAUUGGGAAUAUUCACUACCGAAGAACACGGAGGGGUGGGAGGAGACAUGCUGUCUGCUGCCGUGGUGUGGGAGGAGCAAAUGUAUGCUAACUGCAGCGGUCCAGGUUUCUCUCUGCACUCUGAGAUUGUAAUGCCUUACAUCAGUCACUACGGCUCUAAGGCUCAGAUUGAGCGCUAUAUUCCACAGAUGACUGCUGGGAAAUGCAUUGGGGCCAUCGCUAUGACUGAACCUGGAGCCGGCAGUGACCUUCAGGGAGUGAAGACUUAUGCCAAAAGAGAUGGCACUGACUGGAUUCUUAAUGGGAGCAAGGUGUUUAUCACUAAUGGCUGGAUGAGUGAUGUGGUGAUCGUAGUUGCCGUGACGAAUCGUGAGGCAAAGACCGCAGCUCACGGAAUCAGUCUGUUCUUGGUCGACAACGGCACUAAGGGCUUCCAGAAAGGCCGCAAGCUGGAAAAAAUCGGGCUGAAAGCUCAGGAUACAGCUGAGCUGUUUUUUGAGGAUGUGCGUUUACCGGCUGAUGCUCUGUUGGGUCAGACCAACAAAGGAUUCUAUUACCUGAUGAACGAGCUGCCACAGGAACGUCUUAUCAUAGCAGCCAUGGCCAUGGCCAGCUGUGAGUUCAUGUUUGAAGAGACAAGGAACUAUGUGAUGCAGAGGAAGGCAUUUGGCCAGACCAUCGCUCACUUGCAGACAGUGCAGCACAAACUGGCUGAGCUGAAGACCGAGAUCUGUGUCGGUCGAGCGUUCAUCGACAGCUGCUUUCAGCUCCACAGUGAGAAGAAGUUGGACUCAAGCACAGCAUCUAUGGCCAAAUACUGGGCUUCAGAUCUGCAGAAUAAAGUUGCUUCUCAGUGCCUGCAGCUUCAUGGAGGAUGGGGCUACAUGUGGGAGUUUCCAAUAGCCAAGGCUUUUGUAGACUCCCGAGUUCAACCCAUCUAUGGAGGAACCAACGAGAUCAUGAAAGAACUCAUCGCACGCAACAUUGUUAACCAGAAAUAAAACAGCUGAAGAAUGACGAGGUCUUUAUUUAGUGCCUUUCAGUGAUUCUUAUGACUAAAUCAGGAGCUUCACGGAUUGUUUGUUAUUCAACAUAUACAGAAUGUGAACCUGCCAUGUGACAGUCUGUACAUCAUAUGAUGUCUGUAAAGAGAAUGUCUCCUUUGUGACUUCACGCUGUACAUAUGGAUCUGUUAAGCCACAGUUGCCUGCCAGACGAACACUGCAACACUUUAGAGCUGAGAAAUUUUUUUAGAGUUGUAAAGUUCACAAAUGUUUGUAGCGAUUUAAUUGUGUGAAUGUCACAAAUGAAUUUGUAUAAAGAAAUCAAUCUUUAUAAAGAUGUUUCUAAA